UGUAGAUAUGUAUCUCAUGCUCUGGUAAAAUGUAAUAAGUGUACUUUUGAGCCAAGAAGGUCAAGAGCUGCCUCUUAACCAGAUGAGCCCAGCCUCUGCUUACAAACUGUUUUGUUCUCUGCUCAGCUGCGCAGUACCCUCCCUUCUUUGUGUGGUGCAGCAGGGGAGCUACUGGUCGCUGAGACUUUGGGUGAAAGUUGACUGGUUCUUCUGGGAACCUUAUGACACUUGAGGGAGGUGUGAUCAGGCAAGGCUGGGCAUAUACCCAGACAACAGACUUGUGGGCAGAUCUUGGAAGCAAGCACUAAAGUGAAGUCUGGGUAGGUGAGUGGACUUAGGGUAUUGGGACCAACCCCAAAGGCUGGACAGGCUCUUCCAAAGGUCAACACCAUCUUUAGCGUUUUUUGAGAACCCUGAUAUAUUGGAAAUAAAAUGCUCUAACUAUUUCAUCUGGCAAACCACAAAAACCUAAAUCAGAUUUGUCACAGACAUGCAGCCUGACUCAAGUGGUUUCCCUGGAUCCCCUGCAAGGCUCUAUAUUGAAGCUCACUUCUGCAGAUGGGGAGAAUGAAACAACAAAGCCUGUUCUUGGGUGACUAGCAGGAGGUCUAGGUUCAAGGCACAGCUUUAGGGCAUGGUAGGUGGGUGGUCAGAGAGGUAAGACAAGAGUCCUGGUACUUAAAGAUAGUUGGCAAGGGGUUGGUCUGGAACAAGGCUGGAGCCCAGCCUGAUCAGCUAUAGGGAUGACUCUCAGCUGAGUCACUGAGUUGGGUGAGGCUUUCAGCCCCCCUGAGUGGGCCCAGCUGGGGUGACAGAUGGUGGAGAGGCCUCAGCCAUAGGAGGUGGGGGAUCAUCCAAAAAGGAGCCAUUGGAGGCUGUUCCCGGAGACUGCUUUCAGCCUUGCACGGCCUUUGAGAGUUCAGAUCUUUGCUGUGGGACCUCAGGAGACCUGUCCACACCUCCGCCUACAGCCCUAGCCCGUCCUCUCCCCCCAUCUGGCUUUCUGGCCAGGCUUCCACCCCACACAGAACCUGGCAAAGGAGCAGCUGGAAAAUGCUUCACUUGGCUGUCAGAUACACCUUCUGUGCUGUUCUUCUAGCCCCACAGCUGGGAUAACAAAAGACUUGCCACGUUCCUGACCAGUAAACAUGGAGGGUUAAGGCCAAGAUGCCAGAUGAUGUAGGGAGCCUCUAGUGCUUGCUUCCAUCCCCUAACUGGAUAGGGAAGCUGGGCCUUGGGCUGUUCCCUGCCUCAGCAGUUAAGACAUGCGGUGCUUCUGAAGAGCCAGGCUCUGUUCCAAUUGCUUUAUGGUGAACCCAGUCCUUAUAACUUGGGUAGAUGCCCAAUCCCCUAUAGGUUAGGAAACCGGUAUAGGGAGGGCAAGGGACUUGUCUAAAAUCAUCAAACCAAUAAGGGUUAGAACCAAGAUCCAGGCAGCCCUAGCUCCAACCCAUCUGGGUCAGGGCCACAUCAGGGAGCAACUUUGGGGAGUGUCAGCAUAGCUAACAGGUAGGGAUAAUAGAGAGGUGUAGGAAAGAAGGUUAAGAGCGGGGAAAACUGAGCCCGCAAGUCAGAAAGCCUGCUCUAGUAUUUUCAAACACUACCUGAAAACAACAGAAGAGGGAGCCCUGACAUUAGAAAAGCUACUCCUACACUUAAGGAGAAAUGAACUUUGCCAGGAAAGGAGCUACAGGUCAAGGUCAAUUCCCAUACAAAGUUGUAAGGUAAAAGAAUAAGGAGCAGAAUAACAUCCCUCCUAUAUGGAAAGUGUACCAGGAAAACAAAUCAAAAUUGUUAACCUCUUUCAAAAUGAGGUCAGACAUUAAGGAAACACAAAGCAAGGCAGGAAAGUGGUGAAUCAGUACUGUAAGUAAGCCCAGGCAGUCUGCUGAUCCGGGCCCCUAAAUACUAUGCCUUGCUGCUACUGGAAAGAGAUAGAACAGAUGAAAAUCCCUAUGGUACCACUAGCUUGCUGUGGCCUUAAAUGCCUCAUUGUCCCACUCUGGGACUCAGCUACUUAGAGCUACACUGUAUAAUAUGGGAUCAACCAACCUCAUUUGGCUCUUUUAAAUAAAAUUUUAAAUCCUAAAUCACACUAGCCAUAUUUCAAGUAUUUAGUAGCUGUGUGUGGCCAGUCCAGAGACAGUACAGACCUAGAAUAUCUCUUAUCAUUGUAAAAAGUUCUGUUGGGUGGUGUGUUAGAGGGUUUUAAGCAAACAUCAGGCAGGUGCUGAGUGCAACAGCCCAUGUGUAAGACAAUGGAGUAGGCAGAAAAGCUUGUGUCCCAUCUAAAGUGCCCAGCUGCUACUCGGCUGUAGCCAGUCUGGCUGGUGGAAAUGUAGGGCCUGGUUCCUAAUUCUUUAAGAGAAGCAGAAAUUUGGAGUUUGUGAAAACACAAUUUCUAAACAAAAAAAUGAAACUACAGAUAAUGUGAAUCAAGUAAAAAACCCCUGAUCUUCACCUUGAUUAUGUAAUUCCAUGAGUCCUGCCUAUUUCUCCUGUGCCAGGCCACUCCCUUCUCUUUGCUUGCCAUUCUUACCCAGGUUGGUAGUUGGAUGAAUGGUGGAGUAGAUGAAGUGCCAUUCCUUUCUGGUGGUGGCUUCAAAAGUCUCAUCGAAGUCUCAGGACAAGGCUCUUGAGUUGCCUAGUAAACUUGGUUCCCUUUGUGUGACUUCAAGGGACAUGUCCAAAAUCCAAGACUAGCUGAAGGAAGGGAUGGGGUUUAGGUGAGAGGUGUGACAUUCCUGAACAGGCCAAGCACUGGAUGAAACUACCCAGGAUUCAGAAGCAGGCCCCUGUGUUCAUCUUGCAUCUUUUCCCCACCUGUCUGUCACUCUGUGCCACCCUGGUCUUAGAAGUCACCAUGGCAACUGAAGAGUCCAUCAUCCGCAUCCCUCCAUACCACUACAUCCAUGUGCUGGACCAGAACAGCAACGUGUCCCAUGUGGAGGUUGGGCCAAAGACCUACAUCCGGCAGGACAAUGAGAGGAUCCUGUUUGCCCCCAUGCGCAUGGUGACUGUCCCCCCACACCACUAUUGCACAGUGGCCAACCCAGUGUCCCGGGAUGCCCAGGGCUGCGUGCUGUUCGAUAUCACAGGACAAGUACGGCUGCGCCACGCUGACUUAGAAAUCCGGCUGGCCCAGGACCCCUUUCCCCUGUACCCAGGAGAGGUUCUGGAAAAGGACAUCACCCCGCUGCAGGUGGUCCUGCCCAACACUGCCCUCCAUCUCAAGGCAUUGCUGGAUUUUGAGGAUAAGAAUGGAGAGAAAGUGGUGGCAGGAGAUGAGUGGCUAUUUGAGGGACCUGGCACAUAUAUCCCCCAGAAGGAGGUGGAGGUAGUGGAGAUCAUUCAGGCCACAAUCAUCAGGCAGAACCAGGCCCUGCGGCUGAGAGCCCGCAAGGAGUGCUGCGACCGAGACAAGAAGGAGCGGGUGACAGGAGAAGAAUGGCUGGUCCGCUCCGUGGGUGCAUAUCUCCCAGCAGUGUUUGAGGAGGUUCUGGAUUUGGUAGAUGCUGUGAUCCUUACAGAAAAGACAGCCCUGCACCUCCGGGCUCGGCAGAACUUCGUGGACUUAGGAAGAGUGCUCCGCCACACUGGGGAGGAGUGGCUGGUGACUGUGCAGGACACGGAGGCCCAUGUGCCUGAUGUCUACGAGGAGGUGCUGGGUGUUGUGCCCAUCACCACCUUGGGCCCCCACAACUACUGUGUGAUUCUUGAUCCAGUUGGACUGGAUGGCAAGAACCAGCUGGGGCAAAAGCGUGUUGUGAAGGGAGAGAAGUCUUUUUUCCUCCAGCCAGGAGAGAGACUCGAACGAGGCAUCCAGGAUGUGUAUGUGCUGUCAGAGCAGCAGGGACUGUUGCUGAGGGCCCUGCAGCCCCUGGAGGAGGGCAACGAUGAGAAGAAGGUCUCACACCAGGCAGGGGACCGCUGGCUUAUUCGGGGACCCCUGGAGUAUGUACCUUCCACCAAAGUGGAGGUGGUGGAAGAGCGUCAGGCCAUCCCUCUGGAUGAGAAUGAAGGCAUCUACGUGCAGGACAUCAAGACUGGAAGGGUGCGUGCUGUGAUCGGAAGCACCUACAUGCUGACCCAGGACGAAGUCCUGUGGGAGAAAGAGCUCCUCCCUGGGGUGGAGGAGCUGCUGAACAAGGGACAGGACCCUCUGGCAGACAGGGGUGAGAAGGAGGCAACCAGGACCCUUCAGCCUCCUGCCCCGCGGAACAAGUCCCGUGUGGUAAGCUACCGUGUGCCUCACAACGCUGCUGUGCAGGUGUACGACUACAGAGAGAAGAGAGCUCGCGUGGUCUUUGGGCCUGAGCUGGUGUCACUGGGUCCUGAGGAGCAAUUCACAGUGCUGUCCCUCUCGGCAGGGCGGCCCAAGCGUCCCCAUGCGCGCCGUGCGCUCUGCCUGCUGCUUGGGCCUGAUUUCUUCACAGACGUCAUCACCAUCGAAACAGCAGACCAUGCCAGGUUGCAGCUGCAGCUUGCCUACAACUGGCACUUUGAGCUGAGUGACUGGAAGGACCCCCGAGAGAUGGCCAAGCUCUUCUCAGUGCCUGACUUUGUGGGUGAUGCCUGCAAGGCCAUUGCAUCCCGUGUGCGGGGGGCUGUGGCCUCUGUCACCUUUGAUGACUUCCAUAAGAACUCAGCCCGCAUUAUUCGCACUGCUGUCUUUGGCUUUGAGACUCCGGAAGCCAAGGGGCCUGAAAGCAUACCCCAGCCCCGAGACCAGGCUGUCUUCCCCCAGAAUGGACUGGUGGUCAGCAGUGUGGAUGUGCAGUCAGUAGAGCCCGUGGAUCAGAGGACCCGGGAUGCCCUACAGCGCAGUGUGCAGUUGGCCAUUGAGAUCACCACCAACUCCCAGGAGGCAGCUGCCAAGCACGAGGCUCAGAGACUGGAGCAAGAAGCCCGUGGCCGGCUUGAGAGGCAGAAGAUCUUAGACCAAUCAGAAGCUGAGAAAGCACGAAGGGAACUCUUGGAGCUGGAGGCGCUGAGCACUGCCGUGGAGAGCACUGGGGCAGCCAAGGCGGAGGCAGAGUCCCGUGUGGAGGCGGCACGCAUAGAGGGAGAAGGCUCUGUGCUGCAGGCCAAGCUGAAAGCAGAGGCCUUGGCCAUUGAGACGGAAGCUGAGCUCCAGCGGGUACAGAAAGUGCGGGAGCUAGAACUGGUCUACGCCCGGGCCCAGCUGGAGCUGGAGGUGCGCAAGGCCCAGCAGCUGGCUGAGGUGGAGGUGAAGAAGUUCAGGCAGAUGACAGAGGCGCUGGGUCCCAGCACCAUCAGGGACCUUGCUGUGGCUGGGCCAGAGAUGCAGGUAAAACUGCUCCAGAGCCUGGGCCUGAAAUCAACCCUCAUCACCGAUGGCUCCACUCCCAUCAACCUCUUCAACACUGCCUGGGGGCUUCUGGGUCUAGCGUCUGAGGCCCAGCCCCCAGCCAAAACAGCAGUGGCAGUACCCAGCCGCCAAGACGGCUCACUUCUUCAGCCCCCUCUUGCCCCUCAUGCUCUUGGCAGCAACCGUAUGGCACCUUAGCUCCGUACUGCACUGACAAAUAAAACCAACACUUCUGGGCAUUUAAACCCU